AUGGAUCAAAUCACUUAUUCCUUCACUUCAUCUUUGUCUUCUUCCUCAUACCAACACCAGCAUCCACGAAAAGCAAUGAAACCCAGCCAACCAUCAUACCAUAACUCUAUCCAUUCAGUCCGUAAGCCCCUACAAAAGCACAUGAUGAAGCAAUUCAUCGCACCGUUGCCCCCCACCCCACCCACAAUUUACAACGUUGAUUCGUCAAAUUUCAAAGAGGUUGUUCGUGUGCUCACCAGCGAGCCUGAAUUUCAAUACCCUUCUGCACGCCGCCUUAAAGACAGUGCUCCACCACCUCUUAUCCUCUCUACAAUACCAAAACCGUCUUUGUUUCACUUAUUUCCUAAACAAACUCCCUCCACUGCACCGUCAUCGGAAGGUGGUAGCAUGGUGAGCCCACUACCGACCUUCAUGUUGUCGCCGAAUAUUUCCAACCUGUUGAAAGAAACCUUGAAUACAACUAGGUAUACUUCAAAGUCAGGUUUGAUGGACUAUUUUUCGUCCAAACCAGGGGAAUAUAAUCCAUCUGAGGAUGCAGUUAUGAGUCCGUUGGGAUUCAAUAUGUCACCAACUUCACUUUCGUGGUGUUCUUCUGUCUUCUCAUCCGAGGGAUCCUUUCCGUCUUGA